AACGUCGGAGAAUUCCGAGGCAGUUGGACCAUAAUGCGCGUGGAAAAUGUGGAAAGCUCUGGUCGAUUUAUGUGAAUAGAAAGUCCUAGAAUUUUGAGACUCCGGUCGAAUUAAUCUGUGUAAGAAAGGUGGGAUAAUAUUAAGGCUAUUCCCCCCCGAAGCAACGGUGACAAGCUUGUAGAAAAGAGAGAAACGCAAGUUACUUUAAGCUCAAGCAGCCUUUGUGGGCUCACCGACAGUGCUUUAAGUCGCUCAAGCAGCCCAGUCGGUGCGUUAACUCGCUCAAGCAGACAUUGCGGGCUCACUUACAGUGCUUUGAGGCUAAUACAAGUGGACUUUGAAUAGUCCAUCCUUCGAUUUUGGCCAUGGCUGCUCCAUUUCCUGCGGAGAAUUCAGUCUGAUUCCCAGUUUCUGUUAGUGAACUGAAUGCAUUCCAAUGCAAAAAUGGCCAACAUCUACGCGCCAUGUAUCUGCAUUCGGCUCCCGCUCUGGGCGUGUUUCCUCAUCCAGCUCUGUAAUUUUGCUGCAGCUUCAGCUUCAACGGAUACAAUUAUAGAAGGGCAAAGACUUGGUCAUUCACAGACCCUCACAUCCUCUGGUCAGGUAUUCGAGCUGCAAUUUUUCUUUCUGCAAAACUCCACCAAUUCGUAUCUCGGAAUCUGGUAUAAAAAGAUCGAACCGAGAACCUUUGUUUGGGUGGGAAACAGGGUUCAACCACUCAAGGGCUCCUCCCCCUAUCUUACCUUGAAGCAAGGAAACCUUGUGAUCAUUGAUGAUAGAAUCACCUACAGCGUCAGUGACCUCUCCUCAGCUCAGAACACAAGGUUGACGCUGUUGGAUUAGGGGAAUCUAGUUCUGAUUAAUGGGAGAGAUUUGAACAUCAUAUGGCAGAGCUUUGAUGAUCCUACCGACACUUUCCUCCCUGGUAUGAAACUUGGGAUGGAUAAAAGGACCGGAAAAGUUUGGUCACUUACUGCCUGGGAGAAGGAGAAUGAUCCGAGUCCUGGAACUGUGUCCCUGAGGUUAAGCUCUCCAAGAUUAGAUGAACUUAUCAUCCUGAAGGGGAAUCAAACUUACUGGUCUCGUGGCUCCUUGCCGGAGAUGAGAUGGAACUAUAUCUACUAUAUCAGUUUCAUUACCAAUGAAAAUGUAUCCUACUUAACCUAUUCGAUGAAUGAUACUUUGGUUCUAAGUACGGGUGUAUUAUUCGCAUCAGGGUAGCUGGGGACACUAUGUUGGCUAGAGAGUUUCCAGCAGUGGAGGAUUGUAGCGUCCGUUCCCCAAGACAGUUGUGAUGUUUACUCUUUCUGUGGUCCGUUCAGUAGCUGCAGAAACUACAGCAAACCUACUUGCCAGUGCUUGGAAGGUUUCAGUCCCUCAGACUCCAAGCCCUGGGAACAAGACAAUACCUCUGGUGGGUGCACGAGGAAAGUACCUCUGCAGUGAGAUGAAAGCAGCUCAGUCAAAGGCAAGGAAGACGGUUUCUUGAUGAUACCCGAAGUGGUUCUGCCUCUAUAUCCCAAGAUCACUUAUGCUUUAUCUCGGCAACUUUGCGAGUCGACUUGCCUGCGCGAUUGUUCUUGCAAUGCAUAUGCUUAUAAUGGCAGUGGAGGUUGCUUCUUGUGGAGUGGAGAUCUCCUGAAUCUUAGACAACUUACUAAAGGUGACACUAUUGGUGGACAACUAUACCUCAAACUUGCUGCAUAUGAGCUCCGAAAUAAUCAGGGUACAACUCCAAACACAAGGGCUGAUAAUUUUUCCUAUCUAUGAUCACGUCCUGUCCUUGAUCUUGAGGAUCUUUUGUUUUUUGGCUUCAGGGGACAAAAGAUCAGAAAUUAAGAAACUUGUGGCUGCCAUUGUUCCUUUCGUGUUGCUCUCAAUUGCAAUUUCUGUCUAUUGCCACCAGAAAAUGAAACAGAAAUGGAAGAUGGAGGCAGCAGAGGACAUGCUACAAUUCAAUGUGGAUAUGAUGGGCAUUUCGGCCCAUGUAAGUGAGCAUCCGUCUAACCAAACCAACAAAAGUGCAAAGAGCAAGGAAUCUUGGUUGCCUCAAUUUAGCUUCACGAGUGUAUCUGCGGCCACAGAUAAAUUCUCUCUGAAAAAUAAGCUUGGAGAAGGCAGCUUUGGUCUCGUUUAUAAGGGUAAACUUAUGGUCAAGAAGUAGCUGUGAAAAGGCUUUCGAGGAAAUCGGGCCAAGGGCUGCAACAGCUGAGAAAUGAAACUACGCUCAUAGCUAAGCUCCAGCACAAGAACCUUGUUAGAAUCUUGGGCUGCUGUUUAGAAAAAAGUAAAAAAAUUUUGAUCUAUGAACUCAUGCCCAACAGAAGCUUGGACUUUUUUCUUUUCGAUCCAUUAAAGCAGGGCCUGUUGGAUUGGAAGGCGUGUGCAGGUAUUAUCGAAGGAAUUGCUCAAGGGCUUUUGUAUCUUCAUGAACAUUCAAGAUUAAAAAUCAUACAUAGAGACCUCAAGGCGAGCAACAUGCUGUUGGAUAAAGAUAUGAACCCAAAGAUAUCCGAUUUUGGGCUGGCGAAGAUUUUUGGUGGAGACGAGUCCCAAGCAAACACGAAUCACAUUGUUGGGACAUAUGGGUACAUGUCCCCUGAAUAUGCACUGGAAGGACUUUGCUCCAUCAAGGCUGAUGUAUUCAGUUUCGGAGUCCUGCUGGUGGAGAUAAUUAGUGGCAAAAAGAACACCGGAUUCUACCAGAGUGACUCGUUGAAUCUUCUUUCCUAUGCAUGGGAACUUUGGAGUGGAGGCACACCAAUGAGGUUGGUUGAUCAUUGCUCCGAUGAUACAAUGAUGAGAUACAUAAAUAUAGCUUUGCUUUGCGUUCAUGAGAUCGCUGCCAGUAGACCAUCCAUGUCUGAAGUGGUGUCCAUGCUGACCAGCCAGAAUCUGGCUCUACCUUCACCUAAACAACCAGCUUUCUUGUACUCGCAUCCCAUGCCGACCAAGAUGCACAAUGGACCCAGCACCCUGCCCGAACCCAGUUCAAGGAAUGAUGUAACAAUUUCUGUGGUGGAAGGUCGAUAGCUAUGCAGUGAAAGACUGUUGAGCUUCAGCGCAUGCUAAUUUCUUCUAUGAGUAGCCGUGAAUGAUCUCUCUCUUUCAUCAUUCAAGAUAUAGUUUUCAUCCUCUGUUCUAAUUAUUUGUCCAAUGUAGAGAUCAUGGUUUUCGAUGUUUUGAUCGUACCUCUUCGUGCACUUUUUAAUGGAUAAAGAUAAGUACCAUGACA